AGCGCCGCCGCGCCUCGCCCCGCCCCUUCCGGCCUCCGCCCGCCGCGCCCCGCCCCUUCCGGCCUCCGCCCCGGUCUUACCAUAGAGUCGGGGGGGGGCUGCAGGCGCAGAGCGGCCCUGUGGGGGGGGGGAGGGGGUGGAGGUGUCAUGGCGGCGGGCAGGCUCUGCUCGCUGCCCCGAUGGGCCCUGCGCCGGCCCGUGCCGCUGUGCGCCCAGCGCGGAUACCGCGGGGACUCGCCGAGCGACUUGGGGAAGGACAUGCUGGAGAUCCCCCUGCCCCCCUGGCAGGAGCGCCCCGACGAGCCGCUGCCCACCAAGAGGGCCCGGCUGCUGUACGAGAGCAGGAAGAGGGGCAUGCUGGAGAACUGCAUCCUGCUCAGCCUCUUUGCAAAGGAGAACCUGAACCGCAUGAGUGAACGGCAGCUGAACCUCUACGACCGGCUCAUCAAUGAGCCCAGCAACGACUGGGACAUUUACUACUGGGCCACAGAAGCGAAGCCCACGCCAGCCGUGUUUGAGAACGAGGUGAUGGCCAUGCUGAGGGAGUUUGUCAAGAACAAGAAGAGGGAGCAGAGGCUGCGGCAGCCGGACCUGGAGUACCUCUUCGAGCCCCCACGCUGACCGGCGGCUGUCGUUUCCCUCCCCGUCCGCUGGAGCAGAGGAGGGGCACCGGGGGCCCUGCAGAAACACCAGCGCUGCCGCCCUCCCUGCUGCCCUCCUCCUCUGGCAGUGGCUCCCGUGGACUCUCAGGGCUUGAUGAAUAAAGCUGUGGCUGCUA